AUGGUCUAUGUGUCUGGCAUAUCUUUGGUGUUUCCCAGCUUUAUCGCGGAUGAGGGGGAACACGAGAUCACCAUUGAAUGUGGGGAGGAGCUGUCGUGUGGAUCAUCCCGGGUGAGACUAGUGCGUGAUUCCUGCGACUCAAAUAUCAGCGGAAGUGAGUGGCUGGCACUCCAGACAGGUGUCAAUAAGAGCAUUGUCAAUGUCCUUUCAGAUGGCAUGGUUGCUGGUGCUCACUACAUUCUUUGCACAGAGUUAGAGCCCAGUGCUGAUUUAGCCAAUGAAACACCGGAAGUCGGGGAUUCUGGUUGGACUUUGUAUGUGUCCCCUUUGAGCGCCUUUCAGCCAGAAGUUCUGCUUGCGAGUCCGCAACAGGUCUUGAGAUUGAAUUGUUCAAGCACAGCGAACUGCUCAACUCAGACGCAGGGCUUCCUGAGCUUUCGAUGUGGAUCUUCAGGGCAACUUGCUCCCCUACCUGCUGCAGACCGCACACCACCUGCAACCUUACACGAAGACCCCGAUGCUUCAGCUGAGUGGCGCUUGAGUUUGGACACAUCCCAGUUGGUGCCAGGACAACACUACAAGUUGUGUUUGGACAUCGAUGGCCUUGGGUCUCCGGGCCAGUCUUCAGCCACUUCGAUCUUUAUUUCCCCCAUAGAGCCUGGCCUUCAAACCGUGAAAACUGAGGAGGCUCAAAGCAUAGCAUUGCACUGUGUGCAGCACGCAGCCUGUUCCACUGCCAGCGAGUGGUACCUGACCGCAGAUUCCUGUGGAGAUCCUUCGCCGUCACCGGAGGCCGAGGCAUCUGGACAUUUGGAAGCCAGUCAGGCUGGCGGGUGGGUGGCGCACCUGGACGGACGACAACUUCGACCAGGAAUUCAUUAUCACUUCUGUUUAGACCUUGAUGGUGCUGGAUCUGGCCGACUUUGGGCCGGUGAUACUGGCUUUCAGGUCUAUGCAAGUGGCAUCAUGUCACUCGCACCUGCUCAAGUACUGAUUUCUGCGGUCGAGAGAUUGCACUUCAUGUGUGCAGCUGGUGGGUGUCCGCAAGAUGCCCUGUUUUGGUUGGCUCGACCAAACUGUGAGGAUCAGACUGCUCGGGUUUCCGUUGUCAAUGAAUCCACAGGGAUGAUUGCAAUCCUGGACACCACUUCCGUUCAGGCUGGACAAUGGUUGGAGCUGUGUAGCGAUUUGGAUGGAGAAGGUCCAUUGCGGCAAGGAGGCACUGGUCUUUUUGUUUACAUUUCGGGCAUUGCGGCUGUGGCGGACCCGUGGGUACAGCGAUGGGUGGGCAGCCUUUAUCUUGAUUGUGCAAGAUCUCCUUGCACGGCAGAGGCCUUCCUAGCCUUGGAGUGUGCAAGCCAUUCAGGGCAGGCCUUGGCAAGCGCAGUAGCUCAACUUCAAGACGCAGAUCAAGCACAGGACCCACAGGACGCAGCUGUCCAGGGCGACAAGAGUGAUGGCACAGAAAGGAGACAAGUGGUGUUUGACUUGCAGAAUAUUGUCUCCGGCAUACACUACAGGCUUUGCACCGACUUUGACGGAUCAGGCCCAAUGAUCAGUUUUUUCUCUGGUUUCACGGUGUAUGUGACUAGCGUGCGAAAAGCUACGCCUGACCUUGUCGUCAAGCGUCAGGCUAAUCAGCACUUGCUCUUGGACUGUGAUCCGAGUGGAUGUCCUGCAGCUGCUGAGGCCUUUGCAGCCGACAAUUGCAGCAUUGUUCCUCCAGUAUAUCAGAGGCUUACAGAAUAUGGUGCCAGAAGGAUUGCCACUGUGGACGCCUCAGCCUUCACCUCCAGGUGGUAUCGCCUGUGCAUGGAUGAAGAUGGCCAGGCGUCUUCUGCACUGCAAGCUGGGCCUGUUGGAAAUGUCUUUGUAAGUCCUGUGAGUGGCAUUUCUCCCGAUACUCUCCCUGCAGGUGGUGAGAAUGCAUUGACGCUUGAAUGCGAGACCUGCAGUGACCAGGUUCGAGUGUUCCUAGCUUCAAGCUGCAGUCAAAAUGCGUCAGAUUCCCGUGCGCUUUUCAAUGACGGUGCGGCAUGGACAGCUGUGCUGGACACAUUUCUUGAGCCUGGUUAUUUCUACCAGCUUUGUGUAAUUGUGGAGAAUGUGACUGGACCAAGCGGCGAAGCUGUUUUCUUGUUACCGAACGUCACUGUGCAGGAGGAAGCUAUUUCAGGCACAGCACAACUCAGUUUUGACUGUGAGAGUGGCUGCGGAGCUCUCUCUCAAGUUCGCUUGGCUACUGAUUGUUCGCAUUGGGAAACCAUGCUUCAGGUACCGGUUUUCAAUGCCAGUUACUCUUCUCCUCUUUCAACUGCAAGACGUAUUGGAGGCCUUUUCCUGGCUGACCUGGAUGCGUCAGCAAUGCCUGCCGGGCAGUCGGUGCAUGUGUGCAUAGGGGCGGAGGACAUGCCUGUUGGUAAGAGCGGCUUGUCUGUGUUCAUCUCACCUGUGAGUGCUGUCUCCACCCCCAUUGUUUUCAAUGCUGCAGCUGAAUCAUUGGAAUUGAAUUGCUCUGCUUGUAGCACCACAUCAGAGGUUUUCCUCGCCAAGAACUGCCAUGCAAAUGCUUCCAGCCCCAGGACACCCGCAGCUCAGUUAACACCCUUUGCAGGUGGGUAUCAAUGGGCAGCUCAAUUGGAUACGACUUCUUUGGAGCCAGGACAAUCUUACCAUCUUUGUGUGGAUGUUGACGGCCCAAUGAUGGACUUUCCAUCUGGAAGAUCUUUGUGGGAGAUCUAUGCCUCCGCAUUUUCCUUGCCUGGGCACUUCUCCGUGGCACUCUCGCCAAACUCACAGCUGAAGGUGCCGUGCAUUGGGUGCUCUUCUGGGCAAGCCUUCCUAGCAGAUGCUUGUCCUUUGAGGAACUUGCUGCUGGAGGAUGCCAAUCAUUCCAACAUGAGCAGGUUGACUGACACGUGCGGCGGGCUUGAAGUCUCGACGGCUGCGACGACGUUCAAGGAGUCGGCCGAGGACCGUCAGCUUGACGCGACGACUUCUGUCGCUUCGAAGCUCCUUCCGCUCCCAAAGGAGUUCGUUUUGGAGCUGGACACAUGUUCGCUCACUCCCGGUGUGCACUUCUCCCUUUGCACAGACUUGGAUGGCUUCGCCUCCAGGCUGGAGAUUGGGAACUCUGGCAUUGAGAUCUAUGUCAGUCCGUUAAAGUCCAUUGUGGGUUCGGAAAGGCUAGUGAAGGGAAAGCAUUCCCUUCUCACAAUGGCCUGCUCAGGAUGCAUGAAUGGAGUCACGACAGCACAGCUGGCCAUGAAGUGCGAUGAGUCACCCAAUGCUGUCCCUGUGGCCGUGUCGCCCAACUCCACCGGUGCUGUGCUCCUGCAAGAAGGCUCACAAGGCUUUCAAGCACACUUCGAUACACGUGGCCUAGGCAGUGGCCGUCGAUAUCGAGUUUGCUUGGAUUUGGAUGGCCCUUCGCCCACGUACCGUGCAGGUGACACCGGCCUUUCAAUCUACCUCACAGCCAUCACCUCCAUAAGCUUUGGGGAAGCUGGUUCCGAAGUGCGAGAGGAGUCAGGGCAGGAAUCAAUUUCAGCUGGCAGAGAUCUGCAGUUAGUGCUGCUGUGUUUGCCCGGCAGCGGUGGAUGUGGUGUGGAGACGGAGGCGUUUCUGUCACUUGUGGGAGACUGCACACCAGUAUCUCCACCCCAGCAACUGCAACGACUACCUUCAUUUAACGGUUUGGCGUUAGAUCGCUUUGGAUUGACGUUGAGCACUGCUUUGCUACCUUCUGGCUACACCUACCAGAUUUGUGUGGAUGCAGACGGAGCUGGAAACUUGUUUCCUGCCGGUGAAACUGGAUUUUCUAUAUACAUUUCACCCGUACGAGUGGCAGUCUUCUGGGGUGAAGUUCUCCGGAUUGUGUGUCAUCCGGGCGGUUGCAGCAGCAGUGCGUUGGGUUUUAUUUCGAGCGACUGCGCCAUUGGUUCAACCUCAGCGUAUUUGUCAGCAGUCACUAAAGUCGCGAAUCCGUGGCCAAAGAUCCUCUAUCUUGCCAAUGAUAGUACGCCAGCGGAAUUAUGGGAGAUUGCCGUCCCAGCACCUGCAGGGCUUGAACUUAGGCUUUGUUUGGAUGUGGACGGAAGUGGACCAAUGCCCGUUGGAGAUGCACAAGGUGUUUUCACUUCUGGGAUCCAGGAGCUCCUCACCCAGGGUGUACCACAGGGCGUGGACGAAGUCAUAACCUUUGCGUGCAGUCUUGGUGGAGGCUGUUCUGAAAGGUCGCAGGCCUAUUUGGCCAAGACGUGUGACAUCAACGACCCAGAUGCAUCGACCAUCGAGGUCCUGGGAGAGAUGACGUCGUCCAGCUUGUUGAUUCCAGAUAGCUCUUCCGAGGCUGGCAAUGGGACGGAGGUCUUCUCAGUUCAUUUGCGAACCGAUGGUUUGCCAGCGGGCCGGCACUACAGCUUUUGCAUUGACCUCGAUGGCGUGGACUGGGCUUUGAAGACCGGUGAUUCGCUUCAUCAGGUCUACCUCAGCCCCGUGAAGGAGGUUGAGUUCCAGAAGUCUGCAGCCUAUACUGUGCUUCGCUUCAACUGCUCAGACUGCUCCGACAUGUCGGAGGGCUUCCUUGCUCUGGAUUGCUACGCAGCAGCACUCGCAUUGAAGCAAUUUGCGGGCAAUGAGAGUGAGGUAUCGGAUACAUCAGAUGCUCUGGCCGACGCCAUCCAGAUGCAAGAUGCAAACUUUAGUUCAUUCACCAGGUCCACUCGAUUCUCUUUCGACGGAAAUUGGACACUGGGAGUUUCUACGGAGACCUUACAAGGUGGCCUUCGAUACAGACUUUGCAUGGACCUGGAUGGUGGAGAGAAGCAGGACUACUUACUCGGCGACACAGGUGUCCGCGUUUUCAUCAGCCCCGUGACUGCUGUAACACCAACGGUGGUCUUUGCUGGCAACUCCUCCGUGACUAUUCUUUGUCAAAGAGGAGGCUGCGACUUCUUGGGUCACUCCUAUUUGGCUCCAGAUUGCCAUGUGCCUCCAGCUCCAACUCAGUGCAGUUUUAUGGAGGAUGUCAACGACACCAAUGGCACAAAUGACUCGAACGACUCCAAUCUCACUGCUCUUGUUGACCCAGAGAGCCCUCCGAUUAUGGUUGAUUCAACGCCUUUGAGCCGCAUUGGAGACUGUGCUGACGCAUGUUCCGCUAACUUCAACUUAGCCUGUACAAAGUCAGGGCGAUACCGCCUGUGCAUAGUAGGUCAAGAAGAAACCACGUUUGGUGCUGUUGCUACGUACAUCGAGGACUCCGGCUUUGCGAUUGACGUUCUUUGAAUCCAACCUUGAUGAAACCGGCAUCCAGUGGAGAUCCCUAAGACUGGGCUGCUCGAGAGGAAGACCACAAGAUGGAGAUGGUGGCGGACUUCCCCACAAAUCACGUGGGUAAAGUGGAAGCGCUUCGAG